AUGCAUCCCGAAUUGCUUGAGUUCCAGGACGACAUUGACGCCCGUCUACCUUUACUCGGCAAAACAAUGUCUCUCCCCCUAGAACUAGUCCAAGAAAUCAUUCAUCUCCUACUCUUCUCCGCCCCACCGCGCUCCUCGACUCCAGAAGAUCCCGGCAAUUCAACUAAACCCAGAUGGGGCACGAUAGAUGCGCUCAGCCUCACUUCACAAAGCUGCCGCGCCCUAGUGCUCGAAGCCUGGUUUCGCACUCUCUACAUCGAAUCGCCGGAGGAUCUAAUCUUCUUACGGGAGUCGGGCUGGUUUCCUGAGCUAGAGAGUAAAUGGACCAGACACCUCCACUGCGUCUUAGAAUCAUUCAGCAACGCUUGGAACCUUUCUGCCUUCCUCCAAGUUUCCUCCAUUAGACUGGACUGGCUCCCGCCGUGCGCCAACUUGGGCACACUACCCUUUUUACACCUCUCCUGCACGGUUGAACACUUCGACUUGCGUGGAAAGUGGUGGCCUACGCCUGAGGCGGUUCAAACUAUCACUGAUACCCCAGGCUUUGGGUGUUUGAAGACAUUGAAGAUGGAGCUAGACACGGUAUGGUGUGGAAUUUGCCAGAUGUGCUGUUUGUUCCCGUUUAAAGGCCGGCCGACGGGAGUGGUAUAUGAGGGGGGUUUGGGUUUGCCUUUCGACUAUGCGCGUGUUCUAGCGCCACUUGAAUACCUGGAAGAGGUUGUGAUUAUUACACCCAAUUACCGCCCAGGGUGGACUACAUUGGCUUUGAACGCAGACACAAACCCAGAGACGACCCCCACCUCCGACAGAAACGUAAACCCGAACUUAUGGUCGGGUGAAUGCGAUAUCUGCGUGAGGGUGGCGUACAAAGAUGAUGCGUUCCGCGAGAAGUGGGUGGCUAGGAAGAGACACGUCGGUCUGGCAUACGGUGAUGGUGAUAACGAUGAUGGCGAGAAAGGUCUGAGGCCACCAAGGUUGAGGAGGGUGGAGUAUCGCUCACAAAAAAGUUCAAAACAGCCGACCAACAGCCGACUCAUGUUGUUUUUAAUCUAG